AUGAUUGGGCACCUGGCCAACCUGCCGGAAGCACCGGAUCAACCCAUCUUCCCCGCAGAGGACGACUCGAUCCCGGCGUCCAAGGAAGGGUGGGCCGAUACCUUCGAACAGCUUGCCAUGCACCUCGGCUUACCCGUGACUCACAGCAACGGUGCCCGUAUGUUUACGGGGCACUCUGCACGGGUUACGGGCGCACGUUUCAUGGCCGAGCGCAACAUCGAACUAUGGCGCAUCCAACUGUUCGGGCGCUGGGGCUCUGACGUGUUCAUCCACUACAUUCAGGAUGCGCCCCUGAAGCAAUUGGACAAGUUGGCCCUUGAAUCCACGGCCUCCAUGUCCGUUCAAAGAGCUCAAGAACAGCUCCAACUUUUACAGCAACGCAUAGCGUCCUGUAAGAGCCAAUUCACGCACCCGGAGCCAGAUAUGCUUCAUGAUUGCGCCGCCGGGAUACCACAAAUCCCUGAGCAUGACAACCGUCCCGGGGUGAUCAUUCAGAACACCGCGCGCGACGGGAAGUUUCAUGCAACUUUAAUUUACAAGCUCGAUCUUCCCCCCAAACAAUGGCGCGCCCGUUGCGGAUGGCCGUUUGGGAAGAACCAAGCUGACUUUAAGGAUGGACAUGCCAUCAUCAUGGACUCACGAGAGGGACCUGCCUUCAUGGAAUUGGAAGAGAAAGAGUUUGGCCUUCAUCCGGGAGAGCUGGCGGAGGCGUCAAAAGCUGUGCUACAAGAGAAAGAUGUGCUGAAGAGACGCUCCCAUGAGGGGAAGAAAGGCAAGCGUAGCCCAGAGUAUGCAAGCUAG